CUGCGCAGAGCGCGGAGCUGCAGUCGAGGCGCGGGCGCGGAGCCGGUGGCGGAGCCGCGGGACGGAGCGGGGGCCCCGGCGCCCUCGGGGCGAACCGGGCAUGAGGCGACGGCUGCCGGCUGCGGGCGCCGGGCUGGGCACUGAGCCGCGCCGCCUGCCGCACUAAGGCGGCGACGAGCCCCGAGGCGAACCGAGGCGGCGCGGAGGGCCGAGUCCGAGGCGAGCCCCGCGGCUGUUCGCGGGCGCGACUGAGGCGGCAGCGGCGGCUCCUGCCUGCAGCCUCCCCUGGGCCGGCGAGGGGCUGCCGGGGAGGGGGCCGCGGCGCCGCCCCCGCCUCCUCCCCUCGCCUCGCCCCGCCGGAGCUCCCCCGCGGCGGCGGGCGGGCGGUAUGAGCGCGGCUCUCUGAGGGGCCGGCGGAGCUCGGCUGCCCCCGAGCCGCCUCCCCCGGGAGCCGCGGCGGCGGAUCGGACUCGGCUGGGACCUGCCAUGACUCCCCUGGCUCCUCCCAUGGCAUGAGCCCGGGCUCUCCUCCCCGCUCCGCCUGCUUUUGGUCUCUCUCCGCUCCCGGGCUGUCAGAUGGGAUAGGACACACCCGGGCGUGCGGGGCUCGACGCUGCCGGGGCGAGGCGGCGGAGGCAAGCGGUGACGGCCGUCGGCUCGCCUGGAGUCGAAGAUGAGCUGGCGGUGCGCUCGCCAGCACUGGAACGGCGGCUCUUCCGUGCUGCUGCUGCUGCCGCUGCUGCUGUGGCACGGCCGGGUCCGGCCGGCCGGCGCCGACAACGCCAGCCAGGCGUACUACACCGCGCUGAUCAACGUGACCGUGCUGAGCCCCGAGCGCGGCGGCCCCACGCUGCUGCGCAUCGACCGCGGCCGCUACGGGCAGGACUCCCCGAAGGUGGAGGUCAAGGGGCUGCUGGUGGCUCCCGUCCCUAUCAACGGAGUUGCAGAUCGUCUGGGCUGUGACCCUCGAACACGUUUCCAGGUCCCACCAAACACCAAGCAGUGGAUUGCUUUACUACAGAGAGGAAAUUGUACAUUUAAAGAGAAAAUCCUGCGAGCAGCUUCACAUAAUGCCACAGCUGUGGUCAUUUACAACAACGUAUCCAGUGAAGAACCUGUCACAAUGACUCAUCAAGGAACUGGAGACAUUGUUGCUGUCAUGAUUACAGAAUCGAAGGUUAAGGAGAUCCUGAAUUACUUGGAGAAGAACAUCUCUGUCCUGAUGGCCAUAGCAGUGGGGUCCCGUGUUCCUCCAAAGAACUUCAGUCGGGGCUCUCUAGUCUUUGUGUCAAUAUCAUUCAUUGUUUUGAUGAUCAUUUCUUCAGCAUGGUUAAUAUUUUACUUCAUCCAGAAGAUCAGGUACACAAGUGCACGUGACAGGAAUCAGCGUCGUCUUGGAGAUGCUGCCAAGAAAGCCAUUGGUAAAUUGACAACCAGGACAGUAAAGAAGGGUGAUAAGGAAACAGACCCAGACUUUGAUCAUUGUGCUGUCUGCAUUGAGAGUUACAAGCAGAAUGAUGUUGUUCGCAUUUUGCCGUGCAAGCACGUGUUCCACAAAGUCUGUGUGGAUCCCUGGCUCAGUGAGCACUGUACAUGUCCAAUGUGUAAACUGAACAUUCUGAAGGCACUGGGAAUUGUGCCCAACGUGCCGUGCACGGAUAACGUCGCCUUUGACAUGGAGAGGCUGACGCGGGGGCAGCCGGCCAGCAGGCGCUCGGCGCUCGGCGACUUCGGCACCGACAGCUCCCUCAGCCUGGAGCCCCUGCGCACCUCGGGCAUGUCACAGCUGCCUCAGGACGGGGAGCUGACACCAAGGUCAGGAGAGAUCAACAUCGCAGUGACAAGCAGUCACUUCUUCCAUCGUAACUCUCUGUCCCCUCGAAGCCUGGUCUACGAGAGCGAGUUCUCAACCAUAGAGCCUGCCUUGGACAUGUACGACGAGAACAAAACCUGAAAGGAAUCCAUGCUCCUUCCUGGCCCUUUUUCCGUUUUUUUCAUUUCUCAUUCCUAUUGUUGUGUACUCUUUCCAUGGAUCUCCUUUGUCUGAAGAAGAGCUGCUUUUUCCAGAACACGAACCCGCCUUCUCGUUUGCACAGACGAAGACCAGCUGUGGUGGAUUCUGAGGGUGGCAUCUUUGAGGUGACAAAGAGCUGUGACAAGCAAGGUUGUCUGAUGGAAAUUGCUGAGUAACAGCAUGGGGAGCUGUGUCGGCCCAGCCACGGCGAUGCAGGAGAGGUUUCACGGUGGCCCUAAGAGUUUGUGCUGAACUGCAAAUGCGUCCCUUACACAGGCAUCUGCUGUUUCCAAUUUUUUAGUUGUCCAGAUGGUUGGGCAAUGUCAGAAAGGGAACUGGUUGUAGAGGAGAUGGCCAGUGACUGGUAAAAGCACUCGUAUAUCUAGGUCAAUCCAUAACUUUACUGUGAAAUAACCCCUUCUGAGAGGGACCUUUAUAAGUGCAUUGAGUUUCCUACAACCCACUUAACCCUGGACAGUGGCAAGCCAGUCUGAUGUUCAAGCUGCAGAGAGGACCUGCAUUUGCAGAAAGAUUUCAAGGAACUUGAUGGUUGGAUUUUUUUUUCUCCAAUUUGAUUGAAGCAGGAGAAAAAUGGUAUACACAGAAUAUACUUUUGGUCCUUCUGCGUGCUGAAGUCAAGUGAGUCUCUUUCUGUAGAGAGGACAUUCACAGAACCAGCACUUGAUCUACCUAAAAACCAUUAGACUUUUUGAAAUAUGCAGGAAUCAAAUUAGCUUUCUUUCUCACGUAACUUUUUUUUUGGGGGGUGGGGGGUAAAAAAUCCACCAAAUUUUUCACUGAGGUUUUUUAAAAGCCAGCAUGUUGGCAUUACACAGAGAAGAAAAGAGGUAAGCUUCUUAUCCCACUCUCCUGUUGAGAUCUGCAGCAGUUAUUUAACAAAUACGUUCUCUGAGCUGUGCCCUUUCCCACUGACAUCAAUAACGGGAAUGCAGAAAGCAGGAGAAGAAAGGAAAGCAGCUACUGCUUUGGCACGCUGCAGGAAAAAUCAAUUUUUACCAGCAUGUGACACAAGCGGUGGGGAAAUGGAUAUUGUUUGCAAGCUUCUGAGAGAACAAUGCAGAAAUGGAGAGCGAGAGAGGAACCUCUGGAGCCAAGUCAUGCACAGCGUUCCUCAGCUGAGCCGACAUGGGGGAGCGAGCGCUUCCGCUCCAGCGUUUCCUACCGGACAAUGCAUAGCUGCUAAUGAAUGUUUGGAUUUUUCUCCAUUGCAGUCUGAGUUACUGUAGGUGUAGAAACUCAUUUGUGUCCUUGUAAUGUGAAACACAGUUUCACCCUCUGUAUAGGAAUCUUGAGAAAUCAGUUAAGCCAAAAAGAAAGGUAAGACUUAUCCUGCCAUGCUUUAAUUUCACCUGCUUUUGCAAGCAGGGGAAUUUCCCCUCCUUUAUAAUGUUUUUAAUUGUAUAGCAGUCUGCUUAACAUAUAUCCUUUUCUGAAGUGUGGUUCAGCUGUGUAUUUAACAUGGAUGUUCAAGAGAAAAAGAAAAACCCAGCUCUGUAAAAUGAGGAAAUGAGCCUCUUUGCCGAGCAUGCUUUGACUUUUGUUGCUGUGCGUCAGCUUUAUUUAAUCUGAUAAUUCAAGAGUGGGUGGCAUGAAGUGUAGGGAGGUUUUUCUCAUAAUACCCACAUAGAUAUUUACCAAAUGCACUUUUAUUGCCAUUCAGCUCACUCUGGAAAUGCGCUGAAGCCCCAGACUUUUUUAAGAGCACAAUUUUGACGCCCACUUUCUCCUACAAAGCAGAAGUGAAGGUCACAGGAAGUGCCCCAGGGGCUGGGCCAGCAGCGGGUCGUGGCCAGUGGUCAGCAUCCCUCCUCUGGUGUGGGGCAGGCAGCGACAGCUCCGCCGGCGAGCCCAGGCACAGCUCCCCAGCCCAGCCUGGCUGAGCUGAACCCAGGCCCAGGCACAGCUCCCCAGCCCAGCCUGGCUGAGCUGAACCCAGGCCCAGGCACAGCUCCCCAUCCCGGCCUGGCUGAGCUGAACCCAGGCCCAGGCACAGCUCCCCAUCCCGGCCUGGCUGAGCUGAACCCAGGCCCAGGCACAGCUCCCCAGCCCAGCCUGGCUGAGCUGAACCCAGGCCCAGGCACAGCUCCCCAUCCCGGCCUGGCUGAGCUGAACCCAGGCCCAGGCACAGCUCCCCAGCCCAGCCUGGCUGAGCUGAACCCAGGCCCAAGCACAGCUCCCCAGCCCAGCCUGGCUGAGCUGAACCCAGGCCCAAGCACAGCUCCCCAUCCCAGCCUGGCUGAGCUGAACCCAGGCCCAAGCACAGCUCCCCAUCCCGGCCUGGCUGAGCUGAACCCAGGCCCAGGCACAGCUCCCCAGCCCAGCCUGGCUGAGCUGAACCCAGGCCCAAGCACAGCUCCCCAGCCCAGCCUGGCUGAGCUGAACCCAUACGGGGCUCGGGGGCGGCAGCAGGGCUGGUUGAGCAGCCCCUGUGUUUGUAAUUACAUCUGUGAGAUCAGCAGGGACACGUGGGAGCGGCGCCUUGGGAACGCAAACCCCGAGAGGAAAAUCACCGUCUCUCAAGGAUGUUAUGGGGCUUGUUUUUAUCCAUGAGGGCAGUCAGGUUAUGAUAAACCCAGAUACCUGGGUUACCUGGUUCAAUGCCAACAUGUCUCGUUGUCUUCCAGCCAGCACAGAGCUGCUCUGGUGGGGUUUUGGGUAGGACAGGCUCUUGUAGCACUGCGUGGGGUGCUGAUGCCCCAAGCAAAUCCUUCUCAUAGGGGCUGCCCCAUCCCAACACAGGGAUUUCCCCUAAGGCCACCGGGAAUUUCACUGGGGCAGUUUCAGCACAAAACCAAACCUGAUGAUUUCUCAGCUCCAGCUGAGCCUGUUUGCACGAGCUGUGUGCCAGAAUAUACAGAAAAGCUAGAAGAGGCAUGGAAAUUAAAAAUAAGAAAGCACAAAUCCCCCCCAAAGACAAAAUAAUAACUAAUGUAAUUUGUGCUCUGCUAAAUCUUAUUUCUAACUGAAUACCUUGGCUUUAAGCAGGGGGAGGGCAGGUUUGCCUCAGUGGAGAUCAGGGUCUGGCCCAGCAAUGUAAAAAUGGAUUUGCGCUGCAGCAUCUUGGAUAGGGGAGCAGGUAUUUGUAAUUGGCAUCCUGGAUUUGGGACAUCUUGCAACACUGGAAAAAUUAAAAGCUUGUUCAAGCAAUCAGUCCCUACGUGAGUGCCAGGACGUGCUGGAGCAGGCCUUCCCCAGUUACUCAUAUUUAGUGUGGGGAAGAGGCACCACAGCAACAUGGGUGAUUUUUUUCUGGGCUGUGCUGGUAAGUUUGAGGUUUUCCUUUUAAUAUUAAUCAGUAUAUAAAAAAAGCUUGAUGAGCAUUGUUGUUCUUGUUCUGCUGCAGUGGUGCUGUGUGUGGUUGAGUCAUUUCACAGAAGUAAAAUAUACGGCAACCUACCAAGCACUGUAAGUGCCAGUAACUUGGAAAAUCAUUCUCAAGGUUAAAAAAAAAAUGCUUUUUUUUAACGGGAAAACAUUCAGUUUAUGACUUCUACGUAUAAAAAAAAAGCUUUUAUCUCCAAGUGUUUUCCUAAAGCAUUUAAGCCCCAACACUUUGCCUUCUCUUUCUCAGCUUCCUUUUCUAGGAAAGUUUUGCAUGUUCCCAUAAUACAUUUGUAAAAUCAAGGUUUGCUUGUGUUCUUAGAAGAUAAUUGCCAGUAAGAAACCAGACUGUAAGUGUGCUUUUUACCUAUAAUACACAACAUUAAUUAUUAAAUUUGAAGCAUGUUAAAAUUUACCUAAUGACCCUCAGAAUUGCUCCCUCCAGUGAGCUCAUGUGUUGGAAUCUGCAUUGUCCCUUUGCUCUAGGAUGCUUGCCCUGGCACCUGAGGAUGCUGUAGGAAUAACCAGGCAUCCUGCAUUAGCCAAAGAAAAAACAAAACCAGUUUAUUAAACAUGUCUAGGACUAUGUUAUGAGACUUUCACACAUCUGUUUUCUUUAAACACAUUCCUGUAAAAUACUGCAAAGGCUUGGGAGAGCCAAGAGCUUUUUACCAGCUCCUGGAAAGCAGAGGGAAUUCUGCAGGAAACAUGGGUCACACUGAGGCUCCAGGACUUGUUCAGUCCAAUUUAGGUUUGAGGUAGUGCCACAGUCAGUUCAUGAGCUGAAGGAUGAAGGCACCAGGGUUGAGCUGAAGUUCAGGCAGCUCUGCAGCCUGAUUACUGGCGAGUGAGUUGACUUAAUUAUUUAAAAUAUUUGUUAUUUUGCUUAGCUAAUAGUAAUUUGUUUUUUACAGCACAGGAAAUAGCAGAGCAGCUCAGAAGCCGAGGCACAGUGGGGCAGAGGGAAGAGCCACAGGGCCGCUGCCAGCCCUGCAGGGUGGGGAGAGAAGGACAGGAGAGCUCAGGGCAGGAAACCUCAGGAAACACCUUCAAAUUCCCAAGUAAAGCUUUUGCUCGUUUUUCACCCUGUGUUACCCAGCCAUACUUGACCUAAUUUUCCAGCCUGAGUGGUGCAGAAGAGUGUGUGAUGUGCCAUGACAGCUUGCAUAUGUGUUGUUAUAUUUAAAGAUAUCUUCACUUUUUCCUUUCCCUGCUAGACUUGCACUGCAGGGCAGCCUCAGCUCUGGCACACUCGGUGGAAACUGGUGAGCAGGGGAGGGAGUGAGAGAGGGAAAGAUGUUCCAACUAAACAGACUGGGGGGAAAUCAGGGGAGAGGUAGCACUUCAAGAUGCUGGUGCUCAUUUCUGCUUUUUUCCCCUUGUCUUUGAAAUAAUUAAGAGAAAAAGCUGUGCUCCCUACCCCUUCCUUGUGGGAUGCAGUGAUAAGAGCAGGACUCCAGUGGGAUUUUGCUCCUGAGGCAGAGCCAUGAUGCUCUGUAACCCCCAGCCAGUGAUAUCCUCAGAUGUUGAUUAAAAACCCAAAAUUCACAAGGGUGUGUCAGGUUUACCUGGUCCUUGCAAAGUGCUUUUUUUGAGGAAUGGAAUCUGGUCACAGAGCCUUUGCAAAGCACCACUAAUUGACACCUUGUUAUCUAUCUUUCAUUAAUCUAGUCUUUUUAAAAGCCUUCGACAUCCCCAGACACUUUUAAUUCUAAUCUCUACCUUUCCACUCCAUCAGUUCCUACUGGCCUCCUCCUCCCCUGGAGAGCUGGGUGAAGGUCCCUGUAGUGCAGGCACUGCUGUCCACUGUUCUCCAGCAUCUUCUUCAUCACUGUGCCAUCACCUCACUGUGCCAUCACCAUGCCAGCCAGCCCCUCCAGGGGGAUGCAUCACCCCAAACCAGUCACAGUCUGUGGGAGCACAGAGGCUCCUGGUGGGCUGUGCUCAGCCAAAGCAGGGUGUGUGGGAUCUGGGCUGUUGUUGUGGGAUGCUCCUUCCCUGGAUGACUGAAUGGAGCAUCCUUUUGCUCUUCUGCCCAUCAGCCUCAUGGAGAUGCUCACAUGAACAGAAAUGGAUGUGUAGGUUGUGCAAUAACAUAUUAAAUUUUUUUUGUUUCUUACUGCAAUAAUGUCCAGGGUCUCUGGACCUGGGGGUCCUGUGGUAUAAAUUGUUGCCCAAAAAUAGUCCUUUUCCUAAGGAGUUAAUAAGUAUUAAUAUUCCUACAAAGUAAGAACUACAUAGUGUUUUACUGAAAGUUGAAGCUGCUUAGAGUGAUUUCAAUGCAAGACUGAGGUGUAACAUUAGCUAGUGUCAUACAGCUGGGACUGGGGGUUUGCCCCCCAGAAAUCAGAUGGACAUGUGUGUGAAGGCUCCCUCACUCCUGCUGGGCUACUCCUUUCUCCACUUGUAUCCAGAAGCCCCUCAGAAGCCAGGAGCUUUUAUUCUUUUCCCUGAGCUCAGCUGUGUGCAUUUAUAUGCCAUUUGUGCCAUUUGCCUUCUUUUUUUUUUUUUUUUUUUUCUGCUUCUCACAUAUUUGGGGGCUCUCCUUUGCUUGGCUCUGACUCGAUCUUCAGCUGCCCAAACCCGUUGGGGGGACAAAAGCCAUUAAUUCCCAGCAGAGCAGCUCUGCUGGGCUAUGUUAAGGCAUAGAUGAUCAGAUUUGCUGUGGAUCCCCCGUGCCUGUGUCUGUAACACCCUCACUCUCUUUCAGGCAGUAAGAGCUGUAGCUGCCUGCAGCCUCCCCACACACUGGGCUGCACUGGGAGGGAGGAUCAUACAGAAAACAGCUCAGCAGCCUCCCAUGCUCCAGCACAGGAAAGUCUGGGUGUGAAAGUAAACUUGUUCUUUGCUGCUGUUAAGCCAGGAAUGUUUAAUAGUGUUUGGGGCUGUCAAAGCAAAGCUCCUGGUGCAGGUUCAUGAGGUCCCAGCAAGGCAGCACCCCAGCCUGUUGCUUUCUGCUUGUGCUGGAAGGUGCUACAUGAAUGAGAGAGUUUCCCUGUGCCACCACAUCAGCAGACAGACUUUCCCCACCCUGUAUGCCUAGGCUUAGCUCCCAGCACUGGUAAGGUCUGUCACACUGCUACUGUAAAGGGGAAUAACCUUUUGGAGCAAAAGGAGUGGUAGCAUUGCUCUUCUGCUGUCCCAUCAGCCCUGCUGCAGCUGGCAAGUAGAUGUUAAAUCCUAAAAGCUUCUCUGGAUGGCCAUGCCUGUCCAGGAUCACCUGCUCGAGGCCAUGGCUGACUAUGCACUGACUCCACCAAAACAGGAUUAUUUUAUCUCAGCAGAGAGGGAACCCCCCGGCCUUUGGGCACAGGAGACUGCAGCAAACAACAACACAAAACCCCAAUUUGCGUGCGUGUAAAAUGAAGUCUGUUGGGACUGGCUUGCUGCCAGGUGGGUCACACCGGUGUGACCAGGUAACCUGAACAUGCCAGCAGCUGCCAGGGGUCUGGGGACACUGUGGGGACACAGGGACACACAGUGCCCUCCCAACAGCCAGAGCUCUCCAGCCCCUGUGGAAGUGUAGCUUGCCAGCAGCAGAACUUGUUGACAUGUUUUGAUGUAAGUAUAACACUGUAUUGUAGUUAUGUGGUAUAUGCCAGUAUGUUCAUAGUGUAUACCGACUAGUUAGGGUUUGCUAAUGUACUACAUUUCAAUAAAAAGCAGUUUAAAAAUA